CUCACAAGUGAGAACGGGCUGAGUUUUUUGAAGACAUUGUUAGAGGCAUUUUACCAGGGAAUUGGAGGUUUUGAUAUGGUCAACAUAUGAAUGUCUUGCCAAAUGGGUUUCUGACCAGUAUCUCAACAUGUCUUGUUUGAUUUGGUCCUCAUGUUCAAAUGCUCAACAUUUUUCAUAACACUGAGGAAGUUUGAGCUUAAGUUCAAUCUUGGUGUGAUGUUUUAUUUCUUUCAUGAUGCAUAAUGGGAUGAUGGUUUUCUGGGUGUGAUAAUUGGAUGCAGGAUCCUAAUUUUUUCAUCGAUGAGAAGGCUGAAAGUAGAGUUUAUAUCGGUAACCUUGACUUGAGAAUAACAGAGGCUGCUCUGAUUAAGAUGUUUACUCCUUAUGGCAAGAUUUUAUCCGAAGAAUUUCUAUGGCAUACUCGUGGACCAAAACGUGGAGAGCCAAGGGGCUUUGCUUUUAUCCAGUUUAGCACUAAAGAGGAAGCUAAACUGGCCAAGGAGAAGAUGCAUGGGAGGUUGGCUUGUGGCCGCCCUUUGGUUGUUCGUCUUGCCAGUGAGAAAUACUUGGAUGAAGCAGCACAAGAUUCUUCCACAGCACUUGGUGAGGCAAAGAAAGCUGGCCUUACUGGUAGCACUUCAGGGAAGACAAGUCGUAGUGCCAAGAUAGCUGCAAUAAAGAACAAAUUGAGAGCCUUGGAAGAAGAGGGCCCGAGUGUGAAGAAGCAGAAGCAAGCUGACAGUGACUCUUGUAAGGAUAGUCUUGACCACUCACAAGACAAGGGAUAGGUGCUGAGGAGAACUUUGGAAACUAAAGGGUUUCAAAACCCAUGUACUGUUUCUUGGAAUAUACUCAGUAUGGUUUUAACCUUAGGAUUAUUUUGAUACAUAACAUCGUGGGAAAAUCAUCUGCUGUGGGUUUCAAUUGCUUGAGUUUUGUGCAUAACCUUCUGGCUUGGUUACUCGUAUCAAAAUUGUGCUGCAAACAUUUCUAGGACU